AUGCCUUCGGCCCCGCAGCUCGGCGCCCUCGGGCACACCUUCACCGCCAUGCGCGCGAUGCAGUUCGCCAGCCUGAUCGCCAUCAUCGGCAUGACGAGCAACUUCAUCUCCGAGAUCAACGCCGCUGACGCCUCGAGCCCGAGCGUCUUGAUCGGGACUCUGGUAGUUUCCUGCAUCGCAACCCUCUACAUCGUAAUCUCCUACAUCCUCUACUACGACUCCCUCCUCCCGCUCCUCCUCGCCACGGCCCUCGACUCCAUGCUCCUCGUCGCCGUCAUCGUCGUCGCCUGCACCCUCGGCAAGCCCCUCUCCUACCUCAACUGCGCCGCCCUCCCCUCCUCCGGCAGCACCGCCACCUUCAUGACCUCCGUCAUCGCCAACUCCGCCUCCUCCACCCUCAACUACUUCAUCUGGGUCGGCGCCGACCAGCGCACCUGCUACGCCGUCAAGGCCGUCUGGGGCCUCUCCAUCGCGCUGUGCGUGCUCUUCGCCUUCUCCGCCAUCACCGCCGUCUGCCUCUGGCGCCGCCUCAAGGGGCGCGGCUGCUACGAUGCCGCCGCUGCGCCUGUCUACUUCCCCCCGCCCCCGGUCAGGGAGGUGCGCGGGGGAGGGGGCAGGACGGCGACGGCAUUGGGGACCGCGGCGCUGGGGAAGAAGACCCGUGGUGUGUAUGACGACUACUCCUCUUCGGACUCCGACUCGGAGCACCAGAGGGAGUUCGUCAAGCCGCUGGGGUCGUUUGCCCAGAGGCCGUCGUUCCCGCCGCCUCCCACGGCGCCGGUUCGGAAGGUGAAGAUUGUCGAGGGACGGGUGGCGGUGCAGCCGUUGCCUGUGCUGCCCGAGACCGUCUCGCCUGUUGCUGCUGCUCCUUCUCCCAAGGAGAGGGGUUUCCGGGGAUUGUUGUCUCCGGUAUCUACUAAGGACAAGGGGGGCUUGGGCUUGUUGUCGCCGGUGUCGCCCAAGGACAAGGGGGGUUUGCUCUCGCCUACCACUCCGAAGUCGCCUUUGGAAAGAGCCAAGUCGAAGAGGCGGACGAUUAUGCAUUUUAUUGACGGGUGGUGGGAUCUGGGGCUCUUGGAGCAGGAGAGGAAGAAGAGUCUUAUGAGGGCUGCUUCUAGGAAGGCUUGA